AUGCGCUCUCUGCUACUGAACCACAAACCUCGGCGUCGGCGAAGGACUUGCGCUGACUUUAAGGCUCAACGAUGCCAAGUGCCUUUCACAAAGGCUCCAGCCGCUGGUCUUUCUUUAGAUCUGAAACCUAUCUAUUUCAGGGAAGCCUACUUCCACGCCGGCCCGCAGCCCGCGCUCGGGGCCGCCCCCCCGCCUGCCGCGCCCGCCGCCGCCGCGCCUCCAGCCGCCCCCGCCGGGCCCGUGGCCUCGUCGUCGGGCGGCGCUGUCUCUGGGGGCGGCGGCAAGAACCCGCUGGUGAAGCCGCCCUACUCGUACAUCGCGCUGAUCACCAUGGCCAUCCUGCAGAGCGCCAAGAAGCGGCUGACGCUGAGCGAGAUCUGCGAGUUCAUCAGCGGCCGCUUCCCCUACUACCGGGAGAAGUUCCCCGCCUGGCAGAACUCCAUCCGCCACAACCUCUCGCUCAACGACUGCUUCGUCAAGAUCCCCCGCGAGCCGGGCAACCCGGGCAAGGGCAACUACUGGACCCUCGACCCGGAGUCCGCCGACAUGUUCGACAACGGCUCCUUCCUCCGGCGCAGGAAGCGCUUCAAGCGGCAGCAGCAGCAGCUCCACCCGCAGCCGCCCGACCUCCUCCUGCGCGCCGCCGCCGCCGCCGACCCGGCCGCCUUCCUCCCCGGCUUCGCCUACGGACCCUACGGCUACAACUACGGGCUCCAGCUGCAGCUUCCACCACCACCAUCACCACCACCACCACCCGGCGGCGGGGGGCGGCGGGGCGCGGCGGCGGCGGGGACUUUCCCCUUCCAGCCUCCGGCUUGCGCCCUGCCCACGCCGCCGGGCCCCGCCGCCUCGGCCGCCGCCCCGUCAGUCUUCUCCGGCGGCCUCUCGUCUUUCCUGGGCGGCGAGCUGAGCUGCAGGAAAGCCUUCUACCCGGCCGGCCAGCUCAGCCCCACCGCCUCCCUCCUGCAGAGCCUUAAGACGGACCAGGGAGCCGGCAACAGGCCUUCCUUUUCCAUAGACAACAUCAUCGGAGGCGGCGCGGCCCCCCCACCGUCCAGUAGCACCACCAGCAGUGCGCCCGCUUCCCCUUUCCCGGCGGGCCACGGCGGCGGCCAGGCUCAGGUCCUAGCGAUGCUCUCCCCGGCCCUGACGCCCAUCCCGAACCAUUUGAAUCUGGCCCACGAUUCCCUCCUGCAGCCGGGACAGAACUUUUCCAGUAAACUCACAAACCUCAACAGCUGUCCUUUUUAAAAGGCGACCCCUCACCCUGCCCCCUGAG